CCCCGCUGCCCCCCUCCCCUUCACCCUCCGCUGCAGCGAAGCGCGCGCGGAGGGAGAAAAAAAACCGCCAGGUGAAAUCCGGUGCAAUGGUGGGAGCUCAGCAGUUAGAGAUGCAGGCCGCAGCAGUGCCGGCAGCAGCCCCAGCCGGUGCAGGCCCUGGUGGUAGCAGUGGAGAUCACCAGUAUGAGUGCCUGGAAUGUGGGAAGGUGUUUAAAUGGUCAUCGCGGCUCAUCCACCACCAGCGGACUCACACGGGCGAGCGCCCUUACAAAUGUUCAGAGUGCCCCAAGGCCUUCAAAGGGUCCUCAGCAUUGCUAUACCACCAACGAGGACACACGGGGGAGCGACCAUACAAGUGCGGUGAAUGUGGAAAGGCAUUCAAACGAUCCUCCUUGCUUCAGAUUCAUCAGAGCGUGCAUACAGGCCUUCGGGCCUUCAAAUGUGCACAGUGUGGCCUCUCUUUCAAGUGGUCCUCUCAUUACCAGUAUCACCUGCGCCAGCACACGGGGGAACGGCCCUACCCCUGCCCAGCCUGUGACAAGGCCUUCAAGAACUCCUCCAGUCUGCGGCGGCAUCGCCACACCCAUACAGGUGAGCGUCCCUAUGUCUGCCCCAUCUGUGGCAAGGCCUUCACGCAGUCCACCAAUCUCCGACAGCACCAGAGGGUACACACGGGCGAGAGGCCCUACCGAUGCCAGGACUGUGGAAAAGCCUUCACUCAUUCGUCUAACUUGGCACUGCACUGCCGAUCAGCUCAUGCUGCCCGCCCUGCCCAUACUUGUGUCAUCUGUGGCAAGUCCUUUGCAUCAGACACUUAUCUGCAGCGUCACCUGGAGACUCAUGCUGAUGUUGCACCCCCAGCACAGCUCUUCCUAGAGGAACCAACCACCACUGUAGAGAUGCUUUUUCGAUGCAACAUCUGUCAUCUUACCUUCCCUCUGGAGGAGCAGCUGCUGAGCCAUCAGGAAAGUCAUUUGGUUCCAGUGGACCCUUUGCCUCUACCACCACUGUCGCCGCCACCACCGUCGCUGCCACCACCAGUGCUACCACCAGUGCUAGAAUCUGUGCAAGAAGAGGCGGCCCCUGUGAUGUCCCCCACACCCUCACUAGCUUGCUCUGUGUGUGGUAAGACUUUCAAGAGUGCAGCAGGCUUAGCACGGCACCAGCAGAGCCAGCACUCUUCAGACCGAACGUAUACCUGCAUGGUGUGUGAGCGCUCUUUCCCAGCGUUGGCUAGCCUCUUAGGCCACCAACGAUCUCAUCCCCCUGCUGAGCAGCGGCUAGAGGAAGCUGAGGUGACAUGUCCAGCACAGGCUGAGCCGGUGCCCACGGCCACUGCGACACCGCCCCCACCCCCGGAGCGGCCCUAUGUUUGUGGGGAGUGUGGGAAGGCCUUCAAGGGUUCGUCGGGGCUGCGCUACCAUUUGCGUGACCACACAGGAGAGCGUCCCUAUGCUUGUGGCGAGUGUGGGAAGGCCUUCAAGCGCUCGUCUCUGCUGCGCAUCCACCAGCGAGUUCACACGGGGCUGCGGGCUUUCACCUGUCCCACCUGUGGGAUGGCAUUUAAGUGGGCCUCUCAUUACCAAUACCACUUACGCCAGCAUACCGGUGAACGCCCCUACGCUUGUCAGGAUUGUGGGAAAGCCUUUAAGAACACUUCAUGCCUUCGCCGGCACCAGCAACUGCACACAGGUGAACGUCCUUUUGCCUGCCAGACCUGUGGCAAGGCCUUCACCCAGACAUCUAACCUCCGGCAGCACCAGCGGGUGCACACAGGUGAAAGACCAUACUGUUGCCGGGAUUGUGGCAAGGCCUUCACCCACUCCUCCAAUCUGGCAUUGCACAGACGCACCCAUUCACGAGAGCGUCCCUUCAAGUGCCCUGUUUGCUCCAAAGCCUUCGUCAUGGCUGCUUACUUACAGCGCCACUUGCGUACUCAUAGCAGCACUGAGGUGGCUAGUCUCCCAGCGGCUGCCUCCCCCACUGCUACCCAGGAGGUACAAAUCAUGCCCAACAUGCAGGCCACUCUGAAUGUUGAGUUAAGUAGCAACCCAGCCCCAGCUGGUCCUUCCAAUACUCAGACGUUCCUUCUAGUGCAGACAGCACAGGGCUUGCAACUUAUCCCCAGUGUACAACAGCACCAGUCCCCACCACCUCCACCACCCCAGAAUUCACCUCCCAAACUCAUACUGCUGCCCAGUCCCCAGGUGGUGUCAACGACACCUACUACUCCUGCCACCUUUACCCUCUUGCCAAGUACUCCCACCACCUCUGCCAAAUCUGCCCCGCCCCGUCAAAACAAGGGCAAGAAAUCUGUGCCGCUGCCUUCUCUGCCACCACCGGUGUCUAGGAAUCAGAAUAUCAUUCUUGUGCCCAGUACCACUGGGCCCAGACUACAACCUCUUCCUAAUGUGCAAAUCCAGAAGACACCAGGGUUGCAGGCUAGUGGGCAGAAUGUUAUUGUACUCCAAAGCUUACCAGAACAGCAAGCGAGCACGCUUCAGAUCCAAACCAUGACAACCACUCCCCCAGCAGGCACCCUCCAGAUUCAAACACUGCCCCAACCCCAGUCGCUCCAGGGCCUUCCUGUUACUCAUGCAAGUAGCACUUUGCAAAUUCAGGCCUUGCCUGCUCCUCAGCAGACUAGCACAAUCCAAAUCCAGGCAAUCCCACGUGCCCAACAACCUGGCUUUGUGCAAAUCCAAAACCUUCCCCUCCCUCCAAGUACUGUCCACAUCCAAAGUUUGCCCACUUCUCAGCCAGCAAGCACACUGCAGAUCCAAAGUCUGUCCAGUUGUCCUCCUGCUGGCACAGUACAGUUCCAGACAGUUCAGUCUUCCCCAAAAGUGAACACUGUGCAAUUUCAGGCUGUGCCAUCCUCCCAGCAGGUAGGGGCAUUGCAACUUCAAACCCUCCAGCCUUCCCAGCAGUUGAGCUCCCUUCAGAUCCAGACCAUGUCAUCUCCCCAGCCAGCCAACACUCUGCAGAUCCAGAAUCUGUCCCCUUCAAAUCAUUCUGCAAAUGACAUUGAAAUCCAGAGUCUUUCACCUUCCCAGCAACUAGAUGGUACCAUUCAGAUCCAAAGCCUGGUAUCUUCCCAAGAAGAGCAGCAGCUACAGCCUUCAGAGGAGAUAGACAACACCCAGCUCCAGACUCUGGGCCCACCUCAGGAGAUGAGCGAGGUGGGGACUGCUCUGUCCAGCUCUCAUGAGCUGACUGAGGUGGACCUCCAGCAAGGACCUACCAUGGAGGAAGAAAGCCAGAAUCUAAUUGUAGUGCAGAACUCUCCAGGAGAGGAGCUGUUAGGGCCUGGGACUGAGGUGGAGAGCCUUGAGGGUGUACAGGACAUGCACUUUGAAACACUGCAGACUGAGGAAGGGGUUCAAAAUGUGUUGGUGUUAAGGGGUGCAGGUGGUGAGCAGACUCGGCUGUGUGUUCAGGAAGUGGAAAACAUCCAGACAGUGCAAGAACUGUCUGGCCUCCAGCUGCAAGGUCCUGAGGGUAGCUCAGGGUCUGGGCAGAACCUUCUGAUCAUUCGCAGCACACAGGGAGAACAGACUCUUCAGGUGUUAGAAAGUGUUCCCACACUGCAGGUGAGCAGCCCGGACAGCACACAACCUGCUCUUGACAAUAACAGCACCUCUCAAAUGGUGCAGCUUCUGCAGAGCCCAGUGACACCCCAAGGCCUGCCCUCCAUUCAGAUUGUGCAGACAGUACCUAGCAUGCAGCUUGUUCACACCUUCUGAAAGCAGGUGUGUCCCUGCACUUUGUGCUGGUGCAUCAGCCGGGACUCAGUCGUGCUUUUCCAAACAAAUGGGGGUGGGGGAGGGCUACCUGUUGGUUGCUAGAAUUUGGUUGUUGGUGGUCCGGGUGGAUUCUGUCUGGGCAGCAUCAAGACUCCGGGAUGGGUUUACCAUCUCUGCCAGUGAGCUCAGCUUUGGUUCCUCACAAUGAAGUCUUUCUCAGUGUGACCGCAAAGCAUGAUCAUAGAUCUUCCCUUUCUGCUCAUGGAUCUGCUGUUGCUUCUUACUGCCCCUGCAGCCACUGUGAUUCCCCAUGCCCAAGCAUUUAUAUGCCCUAUAUUGCAUGAAAGAAAGGGAUAGCCAAAUAAGCCCUCUAUUCUGUCCCAUAUACACCCCAUUCUCCUCUUCUGCUUGAUAUAUUUUGUUUUGUCAAGAUCCAGAUAUAUGUGCAGACUGAUGAUUAAGACUAUGUGUGGCAGCCAAGGCUGCUCUUUUCUUGUCACAUAAAACAGGGAGGGUGAUUAGUGGAUAACAACUGCACCUCUGACUUCUUUCUCACUUUCUUUCCAUGCUACAACAUUGGACCAGAAUACCCUGAAGCAUUAUGUAGUUAUGUAAGCUCCUUUUGUGUAACACAACAGUGGGUCAGUUUUUUGGGGUCUUCCAUUGGUUCUGGAUGCUUUGGGAGGCAGCCUUGUGAAAUUGCCACAGGCUGCAUUUCCCAGGCAUAUAUUCUUUUCCACUUAGCCCCUUCUUGUCUCCUGUUCCCCAUUCCACCCGUCCCUCACGGUCACCAUAUGCAGAACCACUUUUCAGAGUGGAGCCCAGUUCCUGGUGCUAACAUACACAAGAGGGCCACAGACUUUUCUGCCCUAGAAUAAAAAUAAAAGUUUGCUUUUGAAGCACCAUUGCCUUUCUUUUAGUCCUUUUCUUGAAUGCCUCACACACAGGCUGGGUUCACAUCUCUAAUAAUACAUGGGUUUCUAUUCUGAGGCGUUAUUGAAUCAAUUAUAUCGGUUUGUUACUACUUUAGCAGUCAUGGCUCUUAGGAAUCCAGAGAUUUGUUGUUCCAUGAAAUACAUAAAAUUCUCUGCAAGAAAGCACUAGUGAAUUCUGCUGAACUCAGGCCAUUUUUGGAUAUCUGGUGAACUGCAGUGCAGGUGAGUACAUUAGGGCAGUA